GACAAGAAGCAGGCUAAGGGGAAGGAGCGGGAGGAGCGGAUCAAGGAACAGGCCGUGCUCAACUGUCAGGCUCCCCGGCACCUCGAGAUGGUCACGCUGAAGGCUGCGCUCAAACUACGCGGCCUGGCACUUCAUGAGAUUGCUGCCGAUGGAAAUUGUAUGUACAAUGCAGUCAACCACCAGCUGUCCUGUCGCAACUUGGAGUCUUCCAACAAGGAGCUGCGAGAGAAGACGGCGGACUUCAUGAGAUCUCACAGAGACGACUUCCUGCCAUUCCUGACUCACCCGGACACCGGCGACAUGUUGACUGAGGAACAAUUUGAAGAAUACUGUGAGAAAACGUCAAAAACACCGAUGUGGGGAGGACAGAUUGAGCUCCGUGCCCUGUCCGAAGUGUUGCAAGUGCCAAUAGAGGUCAUCCAGGCUGACACACAACCUCUUGUGAUCGGAGAAAGUAUGAAAGCUGACCCCUUGACCCUUGUGUACCACCGACACGUGUACAGACUGGGAGAACACUACAACUCUGUGUGUCCGCUCACCGCCCAGGAGGAGGAGGCGGAGGAGGAGUCGGGAGUGCAAUGAUGACGACCAGGAUUAGCUCUGUACAUAUUCUCAUCACAGUUCUGUACCUUUGGUAAUAACUGAUCUGUAGCCUACGUAUUGUUGUCACAGUUCUGUACAUGUAUAUAUUGCGACGUCCGUGCUUUCAUGUUGCACCUCCAUUUUCAAUAACGUUGAAAACAGUUCAUAACAAAGAGUGAGCUGAAGAAGUCACAUUUUCUCUGUUAGAAAAAAUGGAGAUACGACAAGAAAGCACUGAGGUCGCGAUAUGGUAAUAGCUGAUCUGAACAUAUUGUCAUCCCAGAUCUGUUAUUGUAGUGAGAAUCUUUUCCUCUGUGCUGUGAAUGGUGCUCUCUGUCGGUGUGAGUGGUGUUGGUGAAAUAGUUAAAGCGUGUGUGUGUUUGGUAUGAGCGGAGGCAAGUGUUCUUCACAUUUUGGUGAAUGAGUGGGGAGUGGAGUUUUCGCUGUGUGACAAUGUAACUUGACACAUUGUUCUGUUCAAUUGUUUUCCUUGUUAGAUACAGCAGACCAAUUAUGUUUAUAACUUUACUGUAUUUCUCACACUCCCUUGGUUGUUGUUGGUUGUUUUGGGUUUUUUUGCACUCUCUGUAUUUGUUUGUGUGGGGAGGAGGGGGGGGGGUAUAACUGUAUGCUCUUGAACACAGUGUCAAUGGUGUAUUGUAAUGCUGUUUUGUUUUAGUACGAGUUUUAAGGCACUUGCCACACAUAUAGUCAUAUAUGUAGGCCUACUUUAGAACAGAGAUGGUUGAGAAAAUGACAAGAAGUAUUCAAUGCAUAAUGAGUUAGACAAAAAUCAUUUCGGUUUAAGAAUAUCAAACUCCAAAGUUUUAUUGGACAUCAAUAGAGUUUAGAAAAUAUCCCCAAAAUGCCAGCCCAAUGCAUUAAACCAACAACAUAGAAUCUUUUGCUUAGAUCUACAAACCAAAACACUUAGAAUCUAGAUUCUUUACUAGAUCUACCUAAGAUGGCUCGACAUAAAUCAUUUGACAUGUUUUUUUAUCCGCCUUUAUUCCAAAAAGCAAUUAACAUCAACUAGUAACCUAUGUGAAAAUAUUUGGAUCCAACUGUACAUAGUGUUGUCAGAUCCAUUCGUUACCAUGGAACAUACAUCUAAAUAGUAUCAAGCUUAGAAUGGCUUAUUUAUCCUUUGUACUUGUUUUUUAAGCCAUCCAAAUUUACCUUUCAAUUUUGGUAAGAAAAUACCCCCAGUGACUGUUUUUAAAAAAUCCAUAAAAGAAAAAUAAAGAGACAUCAUGGCUGCCAGUGAAAAAUUUUUCAAGCCCUGAAAACCCAGAUCCUAAAUUUUCCCAACCCUGAAAUAAAAAAAAAAAUAAAAACUCUUCCUGCCUUGCCGUCUGUAUGUUGCUCGUUGAACCAUUUAGUCGCCUUUUACAAUGCAUGCCAGGGUCCAGCAGUGGAUACCGUUCUUACUCCUUAUCCACAAGGAGGCAGAGUCCAAGCUCACACUUUCUUAAAGAAGGCAGUUAUGUUGGUGGUCUUAGUUUUUUUAAAGGGUCUUGGAGAUUGCCUGACUAAGGCUGUCAAAUUGGGUGUCGAUGAAGCAAGAGAUUGGUUUGAGACUGAUGGUGAACGGAGGGGUUGGUUUGAGACUGAUGGUGAACGGAGGGGUUGGUUUGAGACUGAUGGUGAAUGGAAGGGUUGGUUUGAGACUGAUGGUGAACGGAGGGGUUGGUUUGAGACUGAUGGUGAACGGAGGGGUGGUUUGAGACUGAUGGUGAACGGAGGGGUUGGUUUGAGACUGAUAAUGAAGGUAGGGGUCGGUCUGAGACUGAAGAUGAAGGUAGGGGUCAGUCUGAGACUGAAGAUGAAGUGAGGGGUUGGUCUGAGACUGAUGAAGGUUGUGACUGGUCAGUAAUGGAGGCUUUUCUUUUUCUGGACCUCACUGAUGGGGUUUUGGUCUGAUCUUUUAUGGACAUAGCAUAUGAUUGUGAGAUCAUACUUCUCAUGUCAACGGAGAUUGGAUAAGUUGACGCAGUAUACCCAGAGGCUUUCAAUGUCUGUUUCACAGAGAGAAGAGCCUCAAAGUUUUGUGCAGUCAUUCUGGUUCUGUCCUUCUCCAGAAUAUCAUCCAUUAUAUUGAAAGUCCCUUCAACAAUAGGUCCACUGAAACAAGACAGUUGCUUUCACCAACUUACUCAGUUUUGGAUACUUUGGCUGUCCUUGAACUUUGAUGUAGAACAGGUGACAAUACCAGUCUGAAUCAAUUCUGGUGCCCAAUUCAUCUUCGUCAUAUAUAAGGCAUGAGAGACAUCCGCUUGUCAGUGACAUACUCUCUCAGCUCUUGAUCAAGGGCACCAAGCUCACAUGAAUGUAGAACUUGUGGCAGAGAUUUUGCUAGAUUCAUAAGUGCUUCGUUGAGUCAGUCCUCUGCAUUUCAGGUGAUAAAACAGAGAGUCGAAUCAAAGUCUUAUUACUUAGAGGCAAGUUCUUCAGCUUUUCACAACCAUUGAUAUAUCCUUUUAGGAGGGCUUUGUGGAAAUUAGCCAACCAGAAUUUGAACUUCACAUCCUUUUGCAUGAUCAUAUGAUCCUCAUAUACAUCAGGACCAACUGACAGAGAUUUGUUGGUUAACUGGAUUGUUUCAUCCCUGCAGUCCAAUUCAGCUAGAUCUCUGGCAUUGUACUCAGGAAUUUUGGAAGGCUUGAUAAAACCUCUGUAGAAACCCUGGAGUACUUUGAAGAUGGAAGUGGGCCGGGUAUGUGCCAGUGGCUUUUCACUUUGAAACCUCAACACAUAACUUUUUAAUUGUCCAAGUAUUCCUUUAUAUAGCUUCAGUAGAAGAAGGCUCUUGUCUUUGAUCUUGAAAAGGAACAAGGCAAUGUUGUCUAAUUUUUUUAACACCAGCUGCAGAUUUGUUCUGGGCCACUGACUUCCAGAUAGACACAAGCUCAGACUGUUUCUGUUCAUCAAUGCCAUAUUUUGACAAAAAUGACAAAAGCUGCUGUUUGUGGCCUUUCUUUUCCUCUGCUGUCAAUGUGCCAUAUUAGUAAAUCCAUAGAAUAUCCCACAGCUUUAAGAUUCUUUGAGCAACCUCAUGCAAUUGGAGAAAUCUUGUUGGCAGAGGCCUAAGGUGGAUAACAAACAUGCAGACUUGCCCAGAAGAAUCUGUUGGACACUGUUUGAAAAGGCUUUUCAUUUUUGGAAAGGUCCUGAAUGUCAAAAUGUAUAGCACACAAUGCUGGUUGAAUUGGAUGGAAGGUCUCGAUUUCAUUAAACAUGGCAUUGGCACUGUUGUUGAUCAUAUGCACCGUAUCUCCCGAAAUGUCCAUCAGAUGGUGAUUUUUCUCCUUUCUCCUUGCCUCUACUCCACUAUUAAAACCUCUCAUCACGUUACAGAAGUCCAUGAGGACUGACGUCACCUGGUCCCAUUGGAGUUCAUAUUCUAGAUCUAUUCUAUAUUUGAAAUCUAGAUCUAGAUUUUCUAAAUAAAGAAAAAAAUGUUACUUACAUGGGAGCCUGCAGUUUCCAGUCACGGAGUUCAAACGGUUUUUGUGUCCAGUGUCAAAAGCAUGGUCACAAAUGGCUUUCUUCCCACUUUGAAGCAUACGUGAGGGUCUUCCCGCAAGCAACACAACAAUAUGCACCGGUUGUUCGACUUUCCUACACCACACAGAAACUUUGACAUCGUCGAAAAUUUCAUCAAACCAUUGCCAACACCUCUUAUUAUUUUCACUUUUCUCCAAUUCCUCCGUAGAAGCAGGUCUAUCUAGAAACUUCAUCUUCAAAAAUCAAACAGAACUUACACAGAUCUAGAAAUCUAUUUGAAUUUAUCGAGAUUGACGGUAGGCUAGCUUACGACACAACCACUCGCUGGCUUAGCUUUCGUCUCACUGACACUGAUCCCGGUUUUUGCGCGAACAGAUCUAACUACUCAUGAAAAUAAUCAAAGGGAUUAAAAAAAUCCGAUUUCUGGAAAUCGUUCACCCCUUAUUUGAGCCAUGUAAUUUAUUUAUCCUUUCGAUCCCGUGACCGGCGUUUCCGAUGAUCACAGAUCAGACAUACGAAAUGAAAUAUCGCAUCCGGAACUUGCAUGCUUAUCGCGAUACCAGUUUUUAAAAGUCCAUUACGCUUGGCCGGACUCGAUCGUUACCGGCCAAUUUUUUUUUCCGUUUUGAGAGACCCGAUGCCACCCGGAAAGUGAUGCUGUGAAAUUUUGUCAGCCCGGAUUUCCGGGACCCAUGGGCAAUAGAAAUAUGGUCAGUUUUCUGCGGAAAAUGAAAUACGGUGGAGUCCACUUAUAAUGAGUCCUGAAAAAACGAGACGUCUGUUAUGAAGACACUUUUCUAAAUCCCUGUUUUUUCCCUUCUUUACCUUUGUAAAUAAAAUACUGCUAUAGCGCAAUCAGACAAACACGCGAGUCGGUUAUAGCAGAAUAUUGCUGUUGCUGUGCACAGCCCAUUUAUAAUAUGUAAAACCUCGCCAUUUGAGAAACUUGGUGGUGAUCUAGCGAAACAAAGUAUGGGAGAGCCCACAGUGAAGGCCGGAGCAAAUGAGUGUGGAGGGUGUGGAAUGCACUGACAAACAUUGCAUAGCUGGAUAAGCAUAGGCCAGCCUAGUCUAGAUCUUCUAAGCCUACCAUGCAUCUCACUUCUCCUUUUCAGGAAAGUCUAGACUUCGUAGAGACCCAAAGGAAAUAUUUUAGAUGCAAAAAAUUGCAAGAUCUGUUUUCCGUCAUUGAUCCUAACAGACUUCUGGAUUUUAUAAAGGCCAUUGGCCUUUAUGGGAAGUUGUGAAUGGGAUUGUUAAAAAUUUUUAAUGUUAUUUGAAAAGUUGUUUUGAAUUAAUUUAUUUACAUCAAAUUUUUAGCAUUUUAGUAGAGAUGCUGACCAGAAUCAGGCUGUGCAGUGUACUGGUGCAAAUAGAACCAACCUUUUUCUCGUGCGCUCAUAUGACCUUAUGCAGUCGUUAGCGUCGUAAAACUCUUACUAAAACAAGCGACAACAGUGAAUGUCAUCAGAUGAAGUUUUGUUUUUGGGCAAGUUUUGUUUUCACAUUAAAAUGUCAUUACACCAGGUCUGUAUCACAACUUUCUUUUGAAUAUUUGAGCCUAGAUUAGAUGAAGUUUUUCUUCUGUUAACAUUUUUGUAAGUCCAAUCCCCCAGUUUUUCGUUUCUUCUCUGCUCUAUGAGUGUUUAGAAAUGUGCUUUUUAAUCUACUCAUUUGUUAAUAGCUGUUUUUUCUGCUGUUGCAUCUUUUGUUUGAUCUGAUUGCUCUAUGGCCACUGCUGGAUGAAUAGUAUUCUUAAGUUUACAAAAGCCAUUGGCUAUGAGGGUGAAAGAGUGCUGUUAAACCUGGAGUGUGUAAAUCAUUGUAUGUGAGGGUUGGAGAGGAGUGUGGAGACAGAUGUAUUUGUUCUGAAAGUCAUUGAUUGUGACAAAGGACUGAGGACAGCUGCUGUGGAAGUAAAUUAACAUGAGUAUGUGCACAAGAGUUUAGAAAGUGAAAGAAGAAGGGUCUGGUUACAAAUAUCAUCAAAUGUGCCAGAAGACUGCUACAUUGCUACAACAAAAAAGUUGAUGUCAAAAAUUUUGUUCAAUUCCUUCGAAAGUGCCUUAUCGUUUUUGCUUGAGACAGCUCUUCGAGUCCUUGAUCUCUCUUGAAAUUCCUAUUGUGUUUCUUAAUAUAAUUGCACCUGGUACAAUGUGAAAAUGCAUAAUUUUUAGCUUUGUGCCGUACUAUGGAGGUAAUGGAAAUUGGUUAAAUUUGCUGCUCCUUGGUGCCUACAUGAUGUUACAUUUACAUGUAAUGUAUGUAUGCACACAUAUGUACCAAAUUUGCUAUUAGUUUAGUGCUGGGCUUGCAGGCAAUCGAUUAACACAGAUUUUGUCUCGUGGACAACCACAUGCUCUCACAAAACAAAAUCAGCAAAAUGACUUUUAAAAAAUAGAAAAUUUCCCUUUUU